AUGGUCCACUCAUCUGAAUGUAGAUGCCACGAGGCCAAGACACCUGUUCACGGGUACUACUAUUCAAUGGUGGAAAUUGCCAUUGUGAAGGUGUUUAUGGACCAUGGCAUAUUCAAGAGCAUCCCAGAGGAAGGAAAUAUAUCUAUUUCUGACUUGGCGACCAAAGCAGACGCAGACUCAACUCUUAUCGAACGUUUCUGCAAGUUCCUGGUAGCUGCCCGAGUUUUGGAAUCCGAGGAACCAGGGCUCGUUGCGCACACGGCAGCGUCAAAACAGUUGGCAGAUGACCGUAUCAAACUCUUGUAUCGACAUGUGUUUGACUUCUUCAUGAUCCCUGCAGCCAGAUGGGAGGAAUACUUUGACAAGCACGGCCUCAUUGAGCCCCCUGCGGCCGACCUCGUCCCGUAUGGGCUAGCGACCGGCCAUCCAGACAAGACACUCUACGAAAUCCUCGAAACUAGACCGAAGCGCAAUGAAGAGUUCAACCGCGCCAUGGCAGCUGUUGUGGAGACCAUGCCGAUAACCGGCAUGUACGAUUUUGGAUGGAUUGAGGAAUACAUCAAGAACCAUGAUAUUGAUAGCGAGAGACCCAUUUUAGUCGACGUCGGGGGCGGCAAGGGCCAGGCUUUGAGGCAAAUCCUACAGGAACACCCUUCCAUUCCUGCAUCGCGUUGUGUUCUUCAGGAUCAGCCAGAAGUAAUCGAACAGGCCAUCCAGGAAUCGCAUGAAGGGUUGAUUUCUGUGAAGAAAAUGGCAGCGAGCUUCUUUGAACCGCAGCCCAUCAAAGGUGCGCUGGUUUAUCAUAUCCGCCGUGUUCUCAAUGACUGGCCGGAUGAUGAUUGUGUAAAGAUUCUCAGCCAUGUGCGGAAAGUUUGUGCGGAAGACUCGCGGGUUUUAGUUUCUGAGCAAAUCAUCCCCGAAGUCCCGUCGCUGGACCUGGCUGCAUUUGAUAUAUGGAUGAUGAACUUUGCUGGCAAACGUCGCAAUGGACGGCUAUUCGAAGGAAUUGCGAAAAUGGCUGGUUUGAAGAUUACAGCUGUCACCAGAGAUGAGGAAUCCGGCUCUGGUAUCGUUGAGAUGAUUCCCGUAUGA